AUGAAACCUGCGUCGCCAAUCGAGGUGCUGAACGGCAAAGUGCUGUAUCUGCGCAGCAUCGAACUCAUUGGGUUUUCCUGUAGCUUGUAUUGCGACCCGCGUAUGAACUCCAUGCAGAACAGGAUGCAGCGCGGCAUCAUCGUCGGCUUCAGCAACAAAACAAAGGGCUCCAAGAUGCUUACCUCGAUAGAGAGCGAGGUGAUCGUGAUGCAACACGUCAAGGACAUCAACACGCUUUUCAGCAUGCAUAACCCGCAGCUCCAGCUCGGGCAGGACACGAAACAACGAGUGGGCAAAGAUUAA